GUUUCGAUCUGUUUAUUUCUUUGACCAACAAAAAAAAGGGAAACUUUAUAGAGCUUUUCUUUCUUUCAUUCAACACAUUCCUCAAUACUUGAAUCUUACUGCUUCUUCUUCUCUCGCGCAAUUUUAUUUGUUCGGAUAUCUCCUAUUUUGUUGAGUUGAUCGUGAUUGGGGUUUUUGGUAGAGAUGAUGAAAGCAUCGUUAGGGAGGUUAAGGAGAUUCGCAUUGCCUAAGGUCGAUGCGAUUGAUAUUGGGGAGCUUUUGCCCACGGCACAAAUUGAUGGCCUUGCUCUAGCCGCCAAGGAUAUGACAGAAAUGAGAGAGAGUUACGAUAGAUUACUCUCCGUAGCUGCUGCAACGGCCAAUAGCGCAUUUGAGUUCUCUGAAUCACUGGGGGAGAUGGGUUCAUGCUUGGAGCAAAUCUCUCCGCAUAAUGAUGAAGAAAGUGGUAGAAUUUUGCUCAAGUUGGGUCAAGUUCAGUUUGAGCUCCAAAAACUCGUCGACACUUAUCGUUCUCAAAUAUUCAAGACCAUUACUCGACCUUCAGAGUCACUUCUCAAUGAACUUAGAACCGUCGAGGAUAUGAAGCAACAAUGUGAAGAAAAGAGAGACGUCUUUAAGCACAUGAUGAAAGACAAGUUACACCUUAAAGGCAGUAAAGGGGAGAGACUUGUACGCCGACAGUUAGAGACUGCUCGUGAUGAGCUACAAGACGAGGUGACUUUGUGCAUUUUCCGAUUGAAAUCUCUCAAGGAAGGACAAGCUCGGAGUCUCCUCACACAAGCAGCCCGCCACCACACUGCUCAGAUGCAUCUGUUCUUGGCUGGUCUGAAAUCGCUUGAGUCAGUAGAGAAACAAGUCAGAACUGCUGCAAAGAGACAACACAUCGACUGUGAGCUCUCUGAUAACGAGAACGAAACGGAAUGUAGUGAGGAUGACCAACAUUUUAACAGAGAUGGAGAACUCAGUUUUGAUUACAUAACAAGUGAGCAGAGAGUAGAAGCUCUACCUACACCACAAGGAUCGAUAAAGAUAGAUGCCACAGAUGUCUCAUUUCAACGCCCUUCACAAGCAGGGUCAGCAACAGUAAAUGCAGAUCAUAGAAGAAGCAGCCAUUCAGCACCGUUGUUCCCACAGAAGAAGACUGAUUUAAUGACUCCGUCUGUAAAUGCUUACGUAUUACCAACUCCAGUCGAUUCAAAGUCUUUCACAAAACCGGUCACUCAGACAAAACACAGUGCACACUUGUGGCAUUCAUCUCCGCUUGAACCGACUAAAACCGUUCUUAAAGAUGUGGAAAGCAACUUCUAUUCCCGUCUUCCCCGUCCUUCUGAAACUCCUCAGUUUUCUCAGCAGGCAGCUGCACCAAGACACGCAUUUUCUGGACCCAUCAAACCAUCCUCAACCCGUCUUCCAGUUCCGGCUCAGGCUCAGUCAUCUUCUCCAAGGAUCUCUCCUACCGCUUCACCUCCGCUCGCUUCUUCUCCACGGAUCAACGAACUCCAUGAGCUUCCAAGACCACCGGGUCAACUAGCACCGCCACCACGACGCUCCAAAUCUCCUGGAGUUACUGGCCACUCAGCUCCUAUAACCACUUGGAAUCAAGAAAGAAGCAAUGUAGUUGUUGUGUCUGCAAACAUUGUAGCAUCACCACUUCCGGUUCCACCUUUGGUUGUACCAAGGAGCUACUCCAUACCUUCGAAAGGAGCUCAACAACCCUUGCCCGAAACGAAUCAGAACAGAGUAGUAUCUCCACCGCCUCUGCCGCUAACUCCAGCGUCGUUGAUGAACCUGAGAUCCUUGUCUCGGUCUAGAGUACGGGAAGUUGGUCCGAGCGCUCAAAGGAGAGGUAACGAACACUCAUUUUGUAACCUUGGAACUGCGAAAUCUUCAUCACCACAUGACUUUAACACGAGAGUUGUUGUUUAUGUUAAACCACAGGAGUAAAAGUGAUUGAACGAUGAAGCCGUAGUAGGAGCGUGGCGUUUGAUGAAAACGUUGGGUUGUAGGUUUAAAGUAAGGUUAAUAAAGAUGUUAAAUAUAGAAGAGGACUAGACAGACAGGGGCAUAAGUAAAUAUAGAAGUCAGAUGUUUGUAGUUAUUUAGUUUUUGAAUCUCCUAAGUUGUCACCUUAGACUGUUUUUGUUUCCCUUAGACUGUAUAUCUCUUUCACUUUGUAAUUUAUUUAUUUAUUCUGAAAAUUUGGAGAAAGAAAAUGAGAAAUUGGAGAAAAUGCUGCCUUGUCUUAUUUAAUUUUAAAAUAUAUGUAAUU